UCUGACACUCACACUGCCACUCUCUUCUUCUCUUCCCCUUUCUUCUCAUUCUCAUUCUCAUUAUUUAACCUUACCAUUAAUUCAAUUCAAUUUAAUACAACCCUAACUUAGAUCCCACAUUAUGGGUUCUGUUUCUAUUUCCAUCUUCCUUCUUCUUACAUUAAUUUCACAAUGUUAUUCAUUACCAUCCAAAAAAACUUACAUAGUUCACAUGAAAAAUCACUAUAACCCUACAAUUUACCCAACUCAUUAUAAUUGGUACUCUUCAACACUUCAAUCACUUUCUUUAUCAAUAGAUUCAUCUAAUCUUGACUCUGAUGAUGUCGUCGACGAAACCGAUUCCGAUCCGCUUCUCUAUUCAUACACAACUGCCUACACUGGUUUUGCUGCAAAACUAAACACUCAACAAGCGGAGACAUUACUUCAAAACGAUGACGUUUUGGGAGUUUACGAAGAUACUCUUUACCAUCUUCACACAACAAGAACUCCACAGUUUCUUGGGCUUGAAACGCAAACUGGUUUAUGGGAAGGUCAUCGUACGCAAGAGUUAGAUCAAGCGUCACACGAUGUUAUCAUAGGGGUGCUGGACACUGGAGUAUGGCCUGAAUCGUUGAGUUUUAACGAUGCUGGUUUGCCUGAGAUUCCCACGCGCUGGCGUGGCGCGUGUGAGAAUGCACCAGAUUUCAACUCUUCUGUUUGUAACCGUAAACUCAUCGGUGCUAGAAGCUUCUCCAGAGGCUUUCAUAUGGCUUCUGGAAAUGGUGCUGAUAGAGAGAUUGUUUCGCCGCGUGAUAGUGAUGGACAUGGGACCCACACGGCGAGCACCGCCGCGGGAGCGCACGUUGGGAAUGCUAGUUUUCUCGGUUAUGCUACCGGAACAGCGAGGGGUAUGGCUCCUCAAGCGCGUGUUGCAGCGUACAAGGUUUGUUGGAAGGAUGGUUGUUUUGCUUCGGAUAUUCUUGCUGGAAUGGAUCGUGCGAUUCAAGAUGGUGUUGAUGUGCUUUCUCUUUCGUUGGGUGGUGGAUCUGCUCCUUAUUUUCAUGAUACCAUCGCGAUCGGUGCUUUCGCGGCGGUGGAGCGUGGGAUCUUUGUUUCCGCGUCCGCUGGUAACAGCGGACCUACUCGUGCUUCGUUAGCCAACGUCGCGCCAUGGAUUAUGACGGUCGGAGCAGGGACUCUAGACCGUGAUUUUCCAGCUUACGCGACGUUGGGUAAUAAAAAACGGUUUUUAGGAGUUUCACUUUACAGUGGGAAAGGAAUGGGAAAUAAACCGGUUAGUUUGGUUUAUUUUAAGGGCACAGGAUCGAACCAAUCCGCGAGCAUUUGUAUGGCCGGUUCACUUGAACCGGCUAUGGUUCGUGGGAAAGUUGUUGUUUGUGAUCGAGGAAUUAGUGCGCGUGUGGAAAAGGGGAGAGUUGUCAAAGAAGCCGGUGGAAUCGGGAUGAUUUUAGCAAACACAGCCGCGAGCGGGGAGGAAUUAGUAGCCGAUAGUCAUUUAUUACCGGCUGUCGCGGUGGGGAGAAUUAUCGGGGAUCAGAUUAGAAAAUAUGUAUCGUCUGAUCUUAAUCCAACGACUGUGCUUAGUUUUGGUGGUACUGUUUUGAACGUUAGACCUUCACCUGUGGUGGCAGCAUUUAGUUCAAGGGGACCCAAUAUGAUAACAAAAGAGAUUUUGAAACCAGAUGUUAUUGGGCCUGGUGUGAAUAUUUUGGCUGGUUGGUCAGAAGCUGUUGGUCCCUCUGGGUUGGCUGAAGAUACUCGUAAAACAAAGUUCAACAUUAUGUCAGGUACUUCAAUGUCUUGUCCACACAUAAGUGGGUUAGCUGCACUAUUGAAAGCAGCUCAUCCAACUUGGAGUCCAAGUGCAAUUAAAUCAGCACUUAUGACAACAGCUUAUAAUCACGACAAUUCCAAGUCUCCACUUCGUGAUGCUGCUGAUGGAUCCUUUUCAACUCCACUUGCUCACGGUGCUGGCCAUGUCAAUCCACAAAAAGCACUUUCUCCUGGCCUUGUUUAUGAUGCCUCAACAAAAGAUUACAUUACCUUCCUGUGCUCCUUAAACUACAACUCGGAGCAAAUCCAACUCAUUGUUAAGCGUCCCAGUGUCAAUUGUACCAAGAAAUUCGCUAAUCCUGGUCAGUUGAACUACCCGUCUUUCUCGGUCGUGUUUUCGAGCAAGAGGGUUGUGAGAUACACGCGGAUCGUGACGAAUGUUGGUGAGGCGGGUUCUGUCUAUAAUGUGGUGGUUGAUGUGCCGUCUAGUGUGGGGAUAACGGUGAAGCCUUCUAGGCUUGUGUUUGAGAAAGUAGGGGAAAGGAAAAGGUACACUGUGACCUUUGUGUCGAAAAAGGGUGCUGAUGCUUCUAAGGUUAGGAGUGGAUUUGGUAGUAUUCUGUGGAGCAAUGCACAGCACCAAGUUAGAAGUCCAAUUGCUUUUGCUUGGACAGAACUGUUAGUGUGAGUUGUUUGUUGGGUUUGCACUUUUAUGUACUAUUAUUUUCAAGCCUACCAAGUCUUUUUCUUUUGUCCAAAAUGAAAAAUCAAAAGAAAGGAGGUGCUUGAGGCUUUGAUGCCAUCAACAACAUAACAUUAUUUAGUUGAAAGUUUAGGAGGUUGUGCUUUCUUUGUUGUGUGUUUUUAAAUGUGGGGAAUGUUUGUAAACAAAUUGAGAUUGAAAAAGGGUGUGAGAUGUACUUUUAAGGGUUAAUAGUAUUUUUUACCCCUGUAAUAUAGGUCAUUUUCGGUUUGA